AUCUUAUCUAUGGACAACGAACUAUGUCUGAGCCCAAGUUAAAAUUCGUCUUCGACUUCGAGAAGUUGAAGCAGACGUUCGGCGAGCUCUGUCCGGAUUUCAAGGAGGAGCCCGAUUACGAGAGGGCCACUGUUAGUCGUCGCUUUGCCCAGGAGGUGAUUUUCACCUACAGCAAGGAGGCCGCUGCAGCCAAAUCCAAAAAAAAGGACGUGUCCUGGUCGAUGCGUUUGGAUGUGGAAAAUGAAAGCGGGACUACCAUUCGCAGCGAGGUAAAGAUCCAGACGCACUGGGUCCGCGAACCGCCGCAAAACCAGCCGUUCGUGAUGCGGGGUCUCCUGCUGUUGUCCUUCAAGCAGGCCAGUCUGCUGGCGGUCGAGAAGUAUUGCCAAUUGGUUCCCCACCAGGUGAAGCGGGGCGAACUGGUGCUCACUCCUCUGGCUGGAGCCGUGUUCUCCAAAUUCGAGAUGCCCCAGCUGGCCAAGGCUCUGGGCGAACCACUUGACGAAGUCGUGGUGGCCGUCAUCAGCAGCUGCCAAACGGAUGGCUACUAUCUGGAGCACAGUCGCUGCCACAUCGCUUUGGUGGCCCUCAUCAAGACCGUUUCGGAUCUAAAGAUGCGGGCCUCCAUCGUCAAAAAGACCAUCAAAAUGUACAAGCUGCAUGGCAAGGAUUUUGACAUGGACAAGUUCAAGGUUUGGAGCACUUUCCUAAGGAAGUCGGCUCCAGCAAAGCGCCGGUGCGACAGCGAUGGUGAUGAUUACGACAAGCUGGUCGAGCAGGUUCUGGCCUUUAACAUCAACAGCAAGGAGGAGAGUCGCAAGCAAAAAGUUUCGAUGAAGUGUGCAGCUAAUUUUCAGGUACAGAAAUCAGGAACCGAAAAGAUUUGAGGUAUCCAAAGAUUUUAUAUUUACAAUGAAUACGGACUUAAAACUCUACUUGAGACUGGCCAAGCCAUUCUUCUUCACAUUGAACCAACCAACUGUAGCAAUCCCCAACGAGAAUAGUUCACACGUCGCAGUACAAUAUUCAUUAGAUACUUUCAGUCUUUUGUAUAAACAUUUUAAAAUUAUCUCAAUAAAAUUCAGUUCCUUUCGGUUCAAUGUAA